AUCGUUUAGUCAAAAACUCGCUUUUUCAUCCAAACUCAUUCUCUAUUCUUAUAAGUACUUUAAAAACCCAACCUAAAGCAUUCUAAAACAACACAAACCCAUCAACACUUUGCACUUGCAUUCACUUUAUUUCUCUUCUCUUAACUUAAUUCAUUUUUGUAACACUUAACUUCCACUUUGUUUCUAGCUGUUUUUCGGGUUUUCGUUAUUUUCUUCGAGUUCAUUACGUUGUAUGUAGUACAACAAAAGAACAUGCAACCUACAUAAAGAGAAGAACAAAACGAUCAUAACUAAAUUAAUAUUUGACGAGAAUAUUUGGUGUAUAGUUCGAGAUCAGGGGUGUAAGAAGGAUUUAUUGCUACUACCCUCUUGUCUGUAGAGAUUCUUUAGCCUACCUCUGAAUAAAAAAACGCUGGUGGUUUGGUUUUUUGGGUUUAAAAAUUACGCGAAGAAGUGAAAGAAGAUAAUGGAGUUCAAUUGUGCAAACAGUAAUCAGCAAGAAUCAUUGAUCAGCGAGUUAACCCAAGGGUUUCAGCUAGCAACAAAGCUAAAAGAUCAAAUGAGUGCAGAAAUAGGCGAAACUCGAGGGAUGUUAGCAGAAAGGAUAUAUUCUUGCUUUCAGAGAGCUUUGUUGAUUCUACAAUGGGGUGGUGGGUCGAGGGAAACGUUUAAGCAUAACUUGGUAGGAUCAAGUACGAUGCCUGAAUCGCCUCUUUCGGUCAUUGGAAGUCCUAAGAGUGAAGAUUUCAGCCCCGGGAAUCAUACUCCAAAAGACAGCAGAAAGAGAAAGAUGUUGCCAACAUGGACUGCUCAAAAACGAGCAAGCUCUGAGGCAGGCGAAGGAGUGCCUGAGGAUGGUUUUAGCUGGAGGAAAUAUGGCCAGAAGGAUAUCUUAGGAGCCAAAAACCCUAGGAGCUACUAUAGAUGCACGUACCGUAACAUUCAAGGCUGUGUCGCAACCAAGCAAGUACAACGAAACGAUGAAGAUCCCAUGAUAUUCGACAUCACGUACAAAGGAAAACAUACUUGUACGCUGACCCCACGUUCGAAAUCUGCACCAACAUCACCACAAAAACAAGUAUCCGAAAAACAGAACAAUUUUCCUGUCACACAGUAUCAGCAGCAGCAGCAGCCUGAUCUGCUGCUGAAUUUUCAGACGGGCCUAAAAGUCGAAAUUCAAAAUCUUGAUAAUCAAGAUACGGGGUUCAUAUUUCCUACAAGUGAGCUGACGUAUGAAAACUAUUUGUUCAUGCCAUCAACACUCGAUGACAGUCAACUCUAUAACGGUUAUGCUCAAACGAUUAUGCCAUCACCGGCCACCUCAGAGUCAACCUAUUUCUCGACAUCCCCCUGCAAUAUAAGUGCCUUUGGCGGGAUUCAUUGUGGACAUCAUUCUGAAUCAGAUAUCGGAGAGAUAAUUUCGGCUGCUACUUCAGGAACUAACUCACCGAUUAUGGGCAUUGAUUUCCCAUCAAAUCUAUAUGAAGUAUGCAAUCCCUAUUUCCCAUUUGAUAAUCAAGCAUUCACCAAUACUUUCUCUCAGACUAAAGAAUAGUCAUCAACUAAUAGAAAACAGUCCAACAAAUCCUACAAAUGAUAGUUUACAGGAAGUGCCAAGAGUAUAUAACAUAUUAUGGGCCCUCAAUCAUCAGCUUAAGCUUUUGGUUGAGACCCCAGAAUAUAUUAUAUACUCUAACAAGAAGUUCAAUUUUGCUUUAGUAUCUAACUAGACAAGGCACGCAAGGAGAGUAAACAAUAAAACUUUUAUUCAAGUGUAUAUUUUUUAUAAAUAGCAUCUAGAAAAGGAAAGAAGUAAUAUGUCUAAUACUAGUAUACAAACUAGAGGAAUAGAGUUAGUCUUGUCUCUAGUAUGCAAGGGAUCAGUGGUACAAGCAAACAGAUUCAUGCAUAGUAGAAAGUAACUUUGUUUUUUUGUUUGUUUGUUUUUUCGCCUUGCAAGUUAUCAAUGUAUUUUGUUUUUUCGUUUGUUUGUUUUUUCGCCUUGCAAUUUAUCAAUGUAUUCCAACACUCUCCAACUUAAUUAAAUAGAGCGAAUAUUUCUCCCUAAAACUUAACUUAGUUUGCAUUUAAUGUGUUUGGCAAAUGACUUUUUAGUUGCUUUUUGGUUGGUCAGAGCCAAAACAAAUGUUUAAUAAAUGUUUUUCAAGCUAGUUAAAAUUUUGAUUUUUAAGCCAGAACUAGAAAGCUACAAUGAGUAGAUUUUUCAUUGACUUUUGGCUUUUGUUUUUUUAACCCACUUUUCUCUAACAAAUAACCAAUAACCAACAAUUAAUUUUUAUCAAAUAGCUUCAUAAUAACCAAUCGACAACUCCAGACAAUAGUCAUUUGCUGAACAAAUUCAUUAGCUUAUUAACUAAGACUGCCGAUGUCUAGUUAAAUUUACAAAGCAUUCCCUCUACUGUCUCCUUCUAUCCGCAUACUCGCAUAGUGAUUACAUACUUACUCCAUUAACACCCAAAAAAAGGAGAAACGCUUAAAAUCCUAGAGGAAGUGUAAAUGUGGAACUUUGGAAGAAUUAAAUCAAUGUAAAAUUAUGGAUGAAUUUUCUAUCAUAUCCCAAGUUGAGAAGAGGAUGGGAAGUACAAUCCUUCCAAAAUAAUUUGGAGGAAUCAAGGUGGAUGAAGAGGAGUGGGUCAAUGUCAUAGUUGUUCCAAGGUUAAUACAAACACAUCGUCGAUUUGAUAUUGCAACAACGAAAGUUGACACAAAGAUUAAGGACUGGAAGAGCCAUUUAAAUUGUGUAGAUGGUAUUAAAGAGUGAAUAAAUGUGUGGGUGAGAAUUAAAGAAAAUAGCAGGAACAUUACCUUAAAAGAAAAUGUGGCAAAGUAAAAGGUAUAAAACUAAAAACGAAAGCGUAGCAAUUUCAAUUAGACAUUAAGGAAUAUUAUAACAACGAGAAUAAGCUCUACAAUACAACCCUCGUGAAGAGUUCCCUUUGCCAUGCAUGAAGGAAAGCAAGCCAAGAAGCCUACGCAGGGAUUAAAUAUGGUUAGAUUUAGUGUCACAUGAUUCGCUAAUCUCUCACGAAUCGUAAAUCGAAAAAAAGUGAAUUAUGGUUGGUUUGGACUAUUUUGGGGCAUUUUUUUGCGAAUUGCGAAUUUAUACGGCAAAUUAAUUCGCAAAUUAUGUUACAUUAAUUAGGCUUUUAGUACCAAUGCAUAGACACAUAAAAAAUUAAAAACAAGCAAGACUCAAAAUAAAGACAAUGAAAAUUUUCAUGGAACCCUAAAAGGAGACAAGAAAAAAUCAUGGUCAAAUUAAGAAUGGUCUCUUCUCUUGUACGUACAAUAUAGACCCAAGUAGGAAAAGAACAAAGGAAUCAGUCAUCAGACUAAAUUUGAAAGAAUUUCCAAUCAUGGCAUGGGAAAGGAGACUAGAUAAUGUUUAUAUAGUCUACCAACUUUUCAUCCCCACCUAAAAUCUAACUACCAAAGGGAUUCAACUCUAGUAAACAG